AUGGAGGAAAGAGUCAGUACUGAAGUAGCUGUCCCACAGAUGAUUUCAGUGCGCAAGCGCCAACAGACCAAAAUGUUGGAUACAAUUUUUGAGGAAGAGUACUACGAUCUGGAGUUGAUCAAACCUUGCUGCCGACAAUUUACAGAUCAACUUCUAGUUAUGAUCUUGACAUAUCAUGUUAUGGUUCAGUUGUUUGCAUUUGCUUCUGCUUCUAUUAAUUCCAAUUCUGAAGCAGAGGCUCUUCUCAAAUGGAGAGACAGCCUUCAAAACCAAACACAGAAUAAUCUCACCUCAUCAUGGACCUAUAGUCCCAAUACUCGUAAUGCCACGAACUCUUCCGGAAAACCAGAAGCAAACUUGGCAUUGGAGUGGUAUUUUAUGCAACAAAGCUGGAAGCGUGAGCAACAUAUAAGCCUUUCCAAUUUUGGUUUACAAGGGAGAAUCCCACCAGAAAUCGGUCUUCUAAGAAAUCUGACUUUUCUUAUUCUCCGUGGUAAUAAUCUGUUUUAUACUAUUCCUAAAGAGAUAGGAAACCUGAAAUCUCUCAUGGAGCUAGAAUUGAGCUAUAAUCAACUCAGUGGUUCAAUUCCAUCAUCAUUAGGUGAUUUGCCAAACCUUACUCAUCUUUAUCUCCAACAUAACAACCUUUCUGGCAACAUCCCUCCAAAUUUUGGAAACUUCAGAAAGAUCACUGUGUUACACUUGUGGAGCAACAAACUCUCUGGCCCUAUCCCUCCAGAAAUAGGAUAUUUGAAUUCUUUAGAAGAUCUAAACUGUGACAUCAAUAAUCUUAGUGGUUCUAUCCCAACAUCAUUUAGUAACCUAACAAACCUUGCAUGGCUCUCUCUCGGUGCAAAUAAUCUAGCUGGAGCUGUUCCUACAGAGAUUGGGAAAUUGAAAUCUAUGUUGAGUAUAAAUCUCGGCUGGAAUCACCUCACUGGUUCAAUUCCAACACCACUAGGUGAUUUGACAAACCUUACUAUUCUUUAUCUCCAACAUAAUAACCUUUCUGGUUCCAUCCCUCCGAAUUUUGGAAUCUUCAGAAAGCUUACUGUGUUAUACUUGUGGAGCAAUCAACUCUCUGGUUCUAUACCUCCAGAAUUAGGAUACCUGAAGUCUCUAGAAGAUCUAAACUUGAGCAAUAAUCAUCUCAAUGAUUCGAUCCCUACAUCACUGGGUAACCUAACAAACCUUGAAUGGCUCUAUCUCGGUGGAAACAAUCUAUCUGGAGCUAUUCCUACAGAUAUUGGGAAAUUGAAAUCUAUGUUGGGUAUAGAUUUUGGCAUCAAUCAACUGAAUGGUUCAAUUCCCACUUCAUUCGGUGACCUGACAAACCUUACAAAUCUCUACCUUCGUGAUAACCAACUUUCCGGCUCCAUCCCCCAAGAGAUGGAGAAACUUACGAAGCUGGUUAUACUGCUUUUGGAUACUAACCAAUUUUCUGGUUAUUUGCCCCACUAUAUUGGCCAAGUUGGAUCACUCACAAACUUUUCAGUUUCAGACAACCAUUUGAUUGACCUGAGCGACAAUAACCUGUAUGGUGAAAUCUCAAGCAACUGGGGACAGUGCCCACAAUUGACAACCUUACUACUUGCGGGAAACAACUUAACUGGCAGUAUACCACCUGAGAUUGGAAAUGCAAGCCAAAUUCAUGAGCUCGAUCUUUCUUCUAAUGGUUUAGAUGGGAUGAUUCCAGAAGAAUUUGGAAGAUUGACUUCUUUGGUGAAGCUGAAGUUAGAUGGCAAUCAACUUUCAGGUAGUGUACCAUCAGAAUUUGGAUCAUUGACUGAUCUUGAAUAUCUUGAUAUAUCAAGAAACACAUUGAACUCGUCAAUUCCAAGCGUUCUGGGUGAUUUGCUCAAACUACACUACUUGAAUUUGAGCAAUAAUAAGUUUGGACAAAGAAUUCCUGUUCACUUGGGGAAGUUAGCUCAACUGUCCCAACUAGAUUUGAGUCAAAACUCAAUCGAGGGGGAGAUACCAUCAGAAGUCAGCAAUAUGGAGAGUUUGGAGAUGUUGAAUUUGUCACACAAUAAUCUUUCUGGUUCCGUUCCAACAAGUUUUGGAAAUAUGUGUGGCUUGUCGUAUGUUGACAUAUCUUACAAUGAGUUAGAAGGUCCACUUCCCAACAGCAAAGCAUUUCAAGAUGCUCCCCCAGAAGCAUUACAAGGAAACAAGGGAUUGUGUGGCAACGUUGAAGAUUUGGAACCCUGCAAUGAAGAUAGUUCAAAAAAGGUCCAUGGCCAGAAACUGGUAUAUGUGAUCUCAUUCUCUCUUCUGGCAACACUUUUACUUCUAUCUUCCUGCUUCAUAAUUGUCUUUGUAGUAUUUAGAAAAAAGAAGCAUCAGGAUGACGAAAGAAACAAUAGACAUGAGAAGAUUUCUUUUUCAACACUCAACUUUGAUGGCAAGGCGAUGUAUGAGGAAAUCAUAAAGGCAACAGAGGAUUUUGAUUCCACAUAUUGCAUUGGGCAGGGAGGACAGGGAAGCGUCUACAAGGUGAAUUUGUCAUCUGCCAACAUAGUGGCCGUGAAGAAACUCCAUCAGUUAUGCAAUGACGAUGAAAAACUUCAGAAGGAAUUCUUAAAUGAACUUUAUGGCUUCUGUUCACAUAGGCAACACUCAUUCUUGGUGUAUGAGUAUCUAGAAAGGGGUAGCUUGGCAACAGUGUUGAGCAAUGACGAUGAAGCUAAAGAACUUGGGUGGAAUCAAAGGGUGAAUAUUGUCAAAGAUUUUGGCACUGCUAAGUUCUUAAACCCAGACUCAGCUAAUUGGACUGCCCUGGCAGGCACCUAUGGAUAUAUUGCACCAGAGCUUGCUUAUACAAUGGCAGUGAACGAGAAAUGUGAUGUUUAUAGCUUCGGUGUGGUAACAUUGGAAACAAUUAUGGGAAGGCAUCCAGGAGAUCUUCUCGUACCUUUAUCAUCUGGGUCAUCUUCACUGUCAUCUGCAUUACCCGCCCAUCAAAUGUUAAUUGUGGAUGUUUUUGACAAACGCAUUUCCCCUCCUACAGAUGAAGUUGCAGGUGAACUGCUCUCUCUUGUGAAGAUAGCAUUUUCAUGCUUGAAUACCAGUCCUCAGUCUCGACCAAAAAUGGAACAAGUUUCUCAACAACUGGAAACUCAGAGGCUGCAUUUGUCAAAGCCAUUACAGAUGAUAAGAUGUGGUGAAUUGCUGACUCUCAAAUAG